AUGGUACGUACACCGAAGAAGCUGACGGACUGUCCGGAAAAUCUCCGGGAGUCCAUCGACUGGUUGAUACAGGUUAAGCAUGGGAAUGGUAAUGGUCAAGGUCUUGAUGAGUUGGCCAAAGCUUUGAAAAGGUUGAUCAACGACGCUAUUGAGAAAGCGACUAAAAGUCUUAAUGAGAGGCGAAAGGAACUUCAAUGUCCUCCAAAAUACUGGCAAAGUGGCUCUUACUGUUAUGAUCAAAAUGAGCUGAUUGAGAAAAAGCAGAAGGAAAUAGAGGCAGCUAAAAAACCUGAUAACCUCGAUAAAAAUGCUCUAGAUAAGCUUGAAUCUACGUUUCUGAAGCUUAAGUCAGAGAAAGAAAAACAUUACAAUGAAGUUCAUUACCUUACUGAGGAUGCUAGACAAAGUGCUUUGGAUGAUAUUAAGGAGAGGCAGAGUAAUCUUGAAGAUCUUACAAAAAAACUUCGGGCUCUUAUUGGAGAAAAAGAUUCUCCAAAUGCUGAACAAUGUAAAAAACUCUUAGAAAAUCUCAUUGAUGGUUUAGAGAAUUUUCUUGGUAACAAUAAAGACUCCAAAGGCUACACCGGCGAGGGUAUCGUGUACUCGGACCUUGAUAGGCUGUGUGACGGGGUGAUGGCGUUUUUGGGUGGCGUCUUGGAGAGUGUUAAAGGUGAAGAUGCUGUUAAAAUAUACGACGGAUAUAUUCAGUCAGAAGAGGCUACGCUUCAAAAGGUCACGGACUUUGUAUUUUCCCAAAUUGGAAAAGGUGUUACUGGGCUUACGGCGUCCGUCGACAGGGUGAAGGGGUGGUUGGAGGGGUAUAAUGAUAAGGUGGAGGAGAAAACUGUUGAUGUUACUGGUCCUCUUAACUCACUAAAAGAUUCCAUUGAUAGAAAAGUUAACGCACAUGGUAAUAACAUUGAUAAGUCACUUCGUGAACAGUCUCUCAUGUGGAGGAGGGCCACCAAAGAGCUUCAUCAUUACAUCACGAAAUCCAAUGAUGCCUCGAAAAAACUUGACAAAUAUCUUAAAAAUGAAAUGGGCACGUCACUUAGGAAAAUUGAUAGUGCUAUAGAAAUUAUGAAAAAGUCCGCAGAAAAUAGUGACCUUCAGGAGUUGAAUAAGACUGCGAAAGACGAGUUGGAGAAAUUGAGGAGAAAUGUGGAAAAUAAGGUUACUGAGAGUGUUAUUGGACUUAGAAAUACAUUGCAAGAGAAAUUUGAAAAGCAAAUUCAGAAUCCGAUUAGUAGAGUUAAAAGGGAUCUGGAAGGCCUUAACGGUGACUUGGAGAAAUGGAUCCAGAGGGCCGAGGAUGUUGUGAACGCGGCGAUUAAGCAGUGCAAGAAGAUUGUAGAGGUGGUUCAUGAGACUCCUUCAUCGUCGGAAAGAGAGGCCGUUGAUGGGGCGGCGGGGAAAUUGAGGGAUAAGGCCGAGGAGUUGCGCGGGGUUGCGAAUAAGGUGAAGAUGCAGAUUGGUAGUUGGGUUGGGACAGCGCUCAAGGAGGUUGUGACGACGAACAAUGCUCUACGAUAUGAGUUGAAUAGUGUGAAAGAGCAGAUAAAUGCGGAUAUUAACAAGUAUGUUAAUACGCAGUUGAAGAUACGAGAUGGCCUUUACAUGUUGGAUGAGAAAGUGAAGAAUGGAUUGCACACGCUGCAGGAGCAGAUUGUGACGGAUUUAAAUCGGUAUUUUGAGGAAGAGCUGGGAAAGGCUCUGCAGGCGGGAAUUGCAGCGGCUAAGGGUUGGAGUGGUAGUGGUGAUAAAGCUGAAGGCCUCAAAGCCUUAGGUGCGGCUCUGAAUGUUCACUUGAAGGAGUUUGGAACGAAACUUAAUGAUAUUUAUACCAACGCUAACAGUAACAAUGAAUCCAGUAAAUCGCUUGCCAGUGGUAUCGAAAGUUUAUUAACGCGUCUAAGUAAUGAAUAUGCUACUUAUAAGAGGUAUGGAGAACCAACCCCUAAACUUGUCGAUAUAAAAUCCGCACUUACGGCAGGGCUGGGAAAAGAUAUCAAAGGGGUGGUGAAUAAGCAUAUUGCUGAUGAUAAGAAGCGUAUAGAUCUCACUAAAAAUGGUAUGGACGGCUUCAACACUGCAAACGCUACGCUGAAAGGGGCACUAGAAAACGGCAUAACCACCCAGGUUAGUAGUGUAUUGAUUCAAAAGAUUGGGGAGACGGAUCUAAAGGGUAAGGUCAACAUUACUGAAGGCAACUUCAGUAGAUAUUAUGCUUGCAUUAAACAAGAUGGCUUCACUGAUAGCACAAUUCUACAAGGCAACGCAGCCGAAGGCACCCUUCCGAAGGCAAUCAAUGUAAUUAAAGAAAAUGUGCUCAAUGACCAACAUUUGGGAAAAGUUGUGGAACAAAACGCUCCUGAACCUUCUCCUGGUAAAGAUGAUAAGUUCUACACUGACACCUUCAAGAACUUGUGCACUAGAGUCACUGAAGCGCUGGGAGACCUCUGCAAAGCCGUCCAGAAUUUAGUUGAAAAGGAGGAUGGUGACACCGGUUCGGAGAAGGUAGAUGACCAACGAGGCGUUAAAAAUUUAUUGGCAGAUUUGCAAGAAAUGCUUAAGAACAGCAGCGGCAAAAUAUAUCAGCUUCCAAAACGUCUUAAAACAAUCCAUAAUGAAAUCAAAAAUACAAUCAUUGGCUCUCCUGGCAGCACUGUCGGCGGUGCAUAUCCACCCAUCACCCUGACGGGAAUAAUUAAGACAACUGACGAGUUUUAUCAGAAGAUCGAUAUGGAGGCUGGAAAUCUUCUCCGAGAUAUAAAGGAUCAUGUCGAAGAACAAGUCCAAGAAAAAAUCAACAGCAUUACAAAGAAAGCGCAGGAGCUCUACGCCAGUCGCAAUAAAGCAGAGCUCGACACCUUGAAGAAGAUCGUGGAAACACAGAAAGCUGCGAUCGAGAGACUUAUUAGACUUGACAGAGAAAAUGGCCUGAAAGGGUUCUUGGUUACGUUUUAUGGCGGCGACCACCCUGGUUCAGAUGGUAGUAAUUUGCGUAGCAAGCUUAAAGAUGCUGUAUCCACGUCACAUGCGGUAACUAAAAAUAAUGCUCAAAAAUUCAAAGAUUUGGCAAUGAAUUUCAAAAAAUAUCUCGAUCAAAUUUUGUUUUAUAUUGGUGACCAGGUGGGCACUCCGACCAAGCUCUCUGAUCAAGCCACCCAAGUAGAUGACAUUAGAAAACAAUUAGAUAGCCUAUUCGUUCACCUAAGCCAUGAACCAUCCACUACAAAUACUAAACGUAUCUACACCUUCGACCACCGCUUCUCUACACUCCUCUCCACCCUGAAUUCCUCCAUCGCCUCUCUAUCCCCCAAGCAAUUCGCAAAUACCCAGCACCCAGAGCUCCUCGACGCCCUCAGGUCCGGCAUGGACAAAUUCACCAAGGAAAUCUCCCGCGCUUACGUCAACAGGUACAGUGGUUUACCUUUAGGUAAACUGGUAGAGACUAAAUCGGACGGUGACGCCGUUGAAGUCCUUUCCACCGAGGGCCGGAACUGCGCCAAGGUCUGCCUGACCAUACUGGAGGGGCUGAGAAAAGAUCUGUUUGAUUUGCAAAAUGAAUGUAAGAAUGGAACUUUGCAGAUUAAUAUGCAUCAGAAGAAAUCACUUGGUAGCUUCUUCCAUAAACGUGGUUACACGGUCAAUUUCGAAAAUGGCAAGCAGACCGGUGAGCUACAGGACAAGAAGGAGAUGGAAGGAAGUAAAAUUAAGACUACGUUACUUGAGAUGAAAAUUGAAAACGCCGACAAUGUUGAAUCACUUAAACAAUGGAAAGCGGAGAAGAAACAAGGUGGUGACAUCUCUCUCAUCGACAUUGUUGACUUCCUUCGUGACUUUUCUCGAAGGUGUUACCGCGUCGGUCACUACUACAUUCCUGCCUCACCUAAAUCACCGUCCAACAUAUAUAACAUGUUGUGCUGGCUUGCCGGCCUGAAGUACAAUCACAUGUACGACGGUGUUAAAGGCCAGUUCACAAAAAUGCUUGAUGGGCUAAAGGAAGAGUAUAAAUUGGACACGGCAGAGUUCCCUGUUGCCGUACCAGACGCAAGGAAACACCCAACGGAUGGAACUCUCACAUAUGGUAACUUGUCACUCUCACUCGACCAGGUGUGUUUAUACUCACGCACUGUUCUCAUUACCUUCCUAGGCCACGGUCACGCUGACGGUGUAUAUGCCUAUGACUUUUCCAACAACUCCCUAAAUUUGUUAUAUCCCACUAGCGCAUCUUCAUGUUUUGACAUGCUUGUAGAUAUUCUGAAUAGAGUGCUUUAUCAACUGCGAUUCUUAUGUAGCCAGUGUAACAACGGCCCCAGUCGUGGUGGUUGGAAUGACUGUUGGUAUGGUCAAGAUGUCGGCGGUUCCUCAUGGAACUGCAAUGAUAAGCAAUGUGCCAACCAAAACUGUCCCCAAAUAGCUAACCAAACGUCUGACCAACGCUGCGAUCAACACCCUAAGUGCGGUCUUAAGUCGCCACUUCAGUCGUUCCUCGAGGACGGCCUACAAGGGUUCUUACCACAUUCUUUCAAAACACCCGGAUGCAAACUUACGUGCACAGUUUCCAAUCACAGUGGUCUUCCGUGUCUCACUCCUAUGGGUUUCGGAGACAUAAGCAUAGUAGCGUCCCGAACCCAGAAGGGUGAUGAUCUUAAGGGAGUCCUUUCCUAUUUCUCCGGCCCAGAUUCUCACCUCAAUAAGUUGUGUUCUUACCUCAAAUGCCUGCUUCGCGUAGCGCCGCAGACGCUUGGUGACAUGUUAGCUUUCUAUUACUGUUUCCUUAAGCACUCGACGAAGAGCGAACAUAAAAAGAAGGCAUUUGAUGAUGCGGUGCGAAAAGCCAUUUUCGGCCAGGAGUAUUCUAACCUGAAUCCGACGAUUUUGUUCAAGACCGUUGAACAUGGGGAAAUCUUACAGAUUGUAAUCAUAAGACGCAUUCAGGCCUACCAUGUGGCCGGUACUUGCAUCCUCUCACUCUAG